AUAUUCAUGUAUUGUGUUUUUGAUCUCAGUCACAGUCUCGACUAUUGAAAUGUUGCUUUGGUUUCUUGGUGUAUGUCUCUGUCAUGCAGGUUUGCUGUCUGCAUAUAUUACCAGGGAUCUACCAACGGUAAACUCCAAAGUAUUAAGGCCAAUGGGGUUACCAGAUAUAAGAAUAGUUUCAACUUCAAAAGUAUGGGAUGAGAAAACAUUGGCCACAACAUACACUGUACAAUUUGAAGCACCUGACGAAGUAACAUUUGAUGCGGACGAGUUCCCUACAAAUGUAGUAAAGGAGAACAGUGGACAUGUAUUUGCAGUAAGUAUAGAUGUUCCGGUAAACAGAAAAGAUUCGAGUCCAAGAAUCAUUGCCAGGUCGGCCACUGAACACAUGACCGUUGUUUUUCAAACGUCAAAGGAAACGAAGAAUCUUCAGACAGAUCUUUAUUUAACAGGUUGUCAGUAUCAAAUAGUACAGAAUAUAACGCAGACGUCUCUCUCACAUGUUGAAAAGUAUCAAGCAAUAGUAACUGACUGUGAACGUGGGGCUUACGAAAUACACAAUUAUUUCAGGAUCGUUGUUAAUGGUUUAGACUCCAUUUCCGACGGAACACAUCCGGCGGAUAUUGACAAACAGUACACUGAUAAGUAUUUCAACGAAACAGACACAACCAGCAGAUACGAUAAAAAUUACAAAAAUGUGGAAACAGCUACUAUCAAUUUGUCGACAAUGGACGCUGAUAAUGUAGAACUAGCAGAAUUUGAAUUUAAUAUGCUUGCCUUAACUCAUAGACCUGACACCCUUAUCGGUUUAAUACGGCUUCAGUGGGGUGAAAACUUAUGAAGAAAUCAAUAAAAAUCUAAUG